AAUCAAUAAUAGUCGUAUAUAUCAUAUUAAACCGCCUUUCCCCUGUUAAAAUUUGGUAAUGUCAUCUAGAGUCAGAUUAGUUUUCCGACAAAAUGCCACCCUGAAAAUGAAAGUAAAAGUAGGAAAUGUUUUCUUUAGUCUCGAAUCCUCCAGACUCUCGCUCUCGAGAACGAGAGUCUGGGGUAAGCUAUACUAUAUUUUCUUCAAUUCUCUCCUUCAAAUGAUAUUUUUUCUACAAAUCCUAUUUUCUGACAUGUGUCAAGCACUCUGAUUUAAAACAUCACAAUAAGAAUAUAAUAUAAAUGGGAUAUACCAUAUAAACAAUCGGAACAUCGCUCGGCCUUUUCCGUCAAUUCGAGACGAACCCGAUUGACCAUAUAAGGUAGGCCUCAUGUUUUGACAUUCCCGCCAAAUUGUCAGAGUCGUCAAAAUGGCUGCGCCGAAAAAAAUCAAGUUAGACGAGCAAUCGAUAGAAGUAGAAGGUUACGUUCACAACGUCUCUCCACUGAAAGUGUCUAGAAAUAACAACAACUACUUUAACGCAAUAUUUCAGGAGGAGGGAAAAUACACCGAUCUUGUAUGUUUUGUACAAGAUUACAAUUCUGUUCUGAAGGACAUCGAGAAAACAAAAAGCCCAGUAACUCUCUCUAAAGUGGAAAAAACAAUAAGUUCUAAAACAGGUGGAUAUGAUAUAAAAGUAACUUCAAGAUCCAAAGUUUCUGCUCCAAAGAGGCAAUUACAAUUUAGAUUUGAGGAACCAAAAUUAAACAAAACAGUCACCAUCAAAGAGGCAAGAUCAGGACUAAAUCCAUUUCAGAAGAUUACAAUUGAAGCAAAAGUAAUGAACAAAAUGGAUCCAACUCUACAAGCUAUUAAAUCUGGUGAAGUAAUCAGAAAGUCUUAUAUUACAGUAGCUGAUGCAACUGACACAAUUCAAGUCUGUGCUUGGGACAAACACAUUGACCAGCUGGAAAUUGGGAAAUCUUACAAGAUGACAUCUGUAUCGCUUCGUAGUUUUGAUGGCAUCAAGUCAAUCACAACUUGCCCAGACACCAUCAUUGAUAGAAUUGAGGACAUUGAAUCUGUAAACACUGCAGAAACUGAUGCGAUCAGUGUUAUUGAUACAUUAAUAAUCGAUGCAGUAUCAUGUAACUCCUUCACACUAUGCAGUGCUUGUAACAAAGCAAUCGGUGUAUUCAAUCCAGAUGUCAAUACAGUAAAAUGUCCAACAUGUCAAAUGCGACAAAAAACAAAAAACUUACACCAAUCAUUUAAAAUCCAGGUCAAUUGUAGAUUUCAAUCUAAUGAUCAACCAAAGAAAAUGGCAAUAUCACAUAAUGUACUUACUAACUUCCGUGAAACAAGAGAGUUAAAAUCUGACAACGAAAUCGAAGAUUACUUUCUGUCAAAGUCAAACUUCAAAGUUGAAGUUACUUCUUCACAAUCUCAAAUAUUGAGAAUUUUGGAAGCAAAUUGAUGCACAGUAAAUGUUUUCAAAUGUUUAAGGUACUGGACAGGUUUCAUUUCCGAACAGAUACGAUGUUUAUUUCUGUGAACCCAAGUUCCUUUUGCUACAUUUUCUGAAAAACAACACAGUUAUUGUCCAUUGGGUCAAUAAUAAUAAUUUUCUGUUUUCUUUUUUUUAAAUUUAGUUAGUAUUAUUUUUUUUAUGACAGUUGUUAACAGUAAAUAUUUUCAAAUGUUUAAGGUACUGGACAGGUUUCAUUUCUGUACAGAUACAAUGUUUAUUUCUGUGAACCCAAGUUCCUUUUGCUACAUUUUCUGAAAAUUACACAGUUAUUGUCCAUUGGGUCAAUAAUAAUAAUUUUCUGUUUUCUUUUUUUUAAAUUUAGUUAGUAUUAUUUUUUGAUGACAGUUGUUAACAGUAAAUGUUUUUAAAUGUUUAAGGUACUGGACAGGUUUCAUUUCCGAACAGAUACGAGGUUUCUUUCUGUUAACCCAAGUUCCUUUUGCUACAUUUUCUGAAAAUUACACAGUUAUUGUCCAUUGGGUCAAUAAUAAUAAUUUUCUGUUUUCUUUUUUUUAAAUUUAGUUAGUAUUAUUUUUUGAUGACAGUUGUUAACAGUAAAUGUUUUCAAAUGUUUAAGGUACUGGACAGGUUUCAUUUCUGUACAGAUACGAUGUUUAUUUCUGUUAACUCCAGUUCCUUUUGCUACUUUUUGUGAAAAAUAACACAGUUAUUGUCCAUUGGGUCAAUAAUAAUUUUCUGUUUUCUUUUUUUUAAAUUUAGUUAGUAUUCUUUUUUUUUUUUUAAAUACUUUACUUUCGUUUCUGUGCCAUGCUAGUGACAGAAAUACUGAUUUAUUACAAGUCAAUUAAAAGUUUUCCUUGACCAAACACUUUAAAUAUGUUUAUGGACGAUAAAUAUUGUAUUAUUAUAUUUUUUUUUUUAAAUGAUCUAUAAUUUUACUCUUUUUUUAAUUCUAAAAAUUCCAAAAACCUCUUCAACAAUUUACUAUAAUUUUCACAUUGCUAGUGAUCCUUGAAUUACCAUUACAUAUGCAACAUUUUUCUGCUGUUUUACCAUUUAUGCUAUGUUUUAGAUUCAGACAAUUACUACAAGUUUUUUUGUGCACCUUUCUUAAUAGUUUUUCUUUUCUUGAUUUAAACAUAAAUUGUGUAAUAUCUUGUUUCGCCUUUUUCCAAAAUAAUAAAUAUGUGUCCAACAAGUCAAGCAUAUUUGCAUUUUUUUUCCUCUUAAAUGUACUUCAAUCAAAACAAUAUCUUGGUUUUGUUGUGUGUUUUUAAUAACAUCAUUUUGAACAAAUUCGAAAAUAUCAAAGAAAUUGUAAAUCAAUUUAUCCUUGUCGCAUGGUAACACUCUAAUGACCACAAAUUUCCAUUUAAUUACCCAUGGUAUAUCGCUGAUGCCUGCACAGGU